CGCCCUAGGAGCUGGCGCCGGAAGUGAUGCGUGCCGUCACUUCCGUCGCACUGGCGGGCGCCGAGAUGGACGCUCCGUGGGCUCGGGAGCAGCUCCGGCGGCGUUAUCUGUUUCCUUCCGAAGCGGGGCUGGACUGCGAGGACGACGCCAGGGCAGAAACCUCCACAGCUGUUGAAAAAAAGGAGAAACCUCUUCCAAGAAUUAACAUUCAUUCCGGAUUCUGGAUUUUGGCAUCCAUCGUUGUGACCUAUUAUGUUGAUUUCUUUAAAACCUUUAGAGAAAAUUUUCACACUAAUAGCUGGUUUCUCUUUGGCGGGGCCUUGCUGUUCAUCAGCCUGUCAAUUGCGUUUUACUGCAUAGUCUACCUGGAAUGGUAUCGUGGGAUUGAAGAGUAUGAUGUCAAGUACCCGACACUGGUGCCCAUCACAACCGCAACUUUCAUCGCCGCAGGGAUUUGCUUCAACCUGGCGCUGUGGAAUGUGUGGUCAUUCUUCACUCCCCUGCUGCUCUUCACUCAGUUUAUGGGGAUCGUGAUGUUCAUCUCGAUCCUCGGAUAAGUUCGAGACUUAAGAACAUGACUGUUUAAAGUGAACCAAGUACACAGCCUGUGCCACCGACAUGAAGGAGAGGCCUAGUGUGCACCGGUGUCUCUGAAGUGAGUGGAUCCCAUAGGAAAAUUGUGACCUUCUAAGUCUGCUGUUGAAAUCAGAAUAAAUGACUUUCUCUUGGGUGUUCUCAAACAAGUGAUUAGUUGUCAGCAGUUUGUGUGAGCCAGAACCAAGGAGUGUGAUCCUGUCAGAUUUGGAGACUGUAGUGGCCUGUUACAGGAGCACAGCGUGUCCACAGUUUUAAAGGGCCUGGGGACUAGCUGCCCUUGUGUAAGGUGACCAGAUGCAAGUAUGAAGGGAUUGUGUUGUAAUCUUUAGUAGUCACUCAUAUUUGUCACAGCUUUUUAGGGAGCGGACCAAAGGGGAGCAUUUUACGAUUUCCCGUUACUUUGGACUUUGCCAUUAUGUAAGUUAUUGGGUUUUUAGCAUUUUAAAACAUAUGUACUUUUAAUAAUGGUUAAGUAUAUAUAAUUUUUUUCUGUAACAUCAAUAAAAUAUUUUUAUGA